UGACUCCCCCACUUUCCUCCGGGCUCUUCUUUUGUAUUCUCUCUUCCCUCGCCGCCCCGCUUGCCUCUCGCCUCCUCGGGGCCGCAAGGGAGGAGGCGAGCACGCUGCGCCCUGGGCCCGCGCGCCGCGCAGGGAGGCGCAUCUCGCACUUCUCCCGGGGAAUUUGGAGAGGGUCUGUGUGUGUGUGCGCGCGCGCGAGCUGGAGGCGAAAGCUGGUAGGAUCUAGCGGCGAGCAGAGGGUCAGGGUUUUUGACGUUCCUCGCCCGCUGCACAAAUCUCGCGGAGCAAGAGUGUCUGAGAGUGCGCGCGCGUACACGGGCUGGCUGCCCCUGGCACGCUCGGUGGCCCGGGGCCCCGGGGCCCGCGGUCCCCUCUGGCGGCCCGGGAUUACCGUGACGUCACAUUGAGCCUCUGGCCACCUUGGACUGGGACACCUCUUGGAGCCUCACAGCUCUGCACCGCGCCGCACCUCACCUCGCCACCGCGCGCCUUUGAUACCCUGCGCCUUCUUCCUAACUCUGCCGAUCCAUGGGCCCCUCUGCCUUCAGGACCCCACCGGCCGCAGGGGUGCCUUCCCAAGCUCAGGGCUCGGCAGCUGGGCUGCCUUUGGCUCUGCCUCCAUUCCCUCUUAGCGGGCCAAGGAACUGGCGCCGAACACCUGCAGCCCUGUAAGAAACCAGAAGCCGCUCGGCUGGGGUCAUCGAACAGCUGAACUGAGCGAACGACUCAGAAGAAAAGAGGGAGAGCGGUCCCAGACGGCCAACUACUAUGGCCUUCCCGCCCUUUGGACACCCGUAUGGCGGCGCAUCCCAGUUUCUGGUGUCUGCAAGUUCCAGUGCCGCUUGCUGUGAAACUGCCCCACGACCAGUGUCAGAUGUGGCCUCCGCCUCCACCUCUGCCUCUGCUCUUUGCUGUACCCCCUAUGACAGUCGGCUGCUGGGCAGUGCUCGGCCAGAGCUGGGUGCUGCCUUGGGCAUCUAUGGAGCACCCUAUGCAGCUGCCCAGAGCUACCCUGGGUACCUGCCCUAUGGCCCAGAGCCAUCCCCACUGUGUGGUGCACUGAGUCCUCAGUAUGAGUUUAAGGAUCCUGCAGGAAACUUUACCCCCAGCCUGACCCAGCCAGGGGCCUAUUACCCCUAUGAGCCAACUCUGGGGCAGUAUCAGUAUGACAGGUAUGGUGGAGUGGAGCUGAGCAGUGCUGGCCGCAGGAAGAAUGCCACGCGGGAGAGCACGAGCGCUCUCAAGGCCUGGCUCCAUGAGCACCGCAAGAACCCGUACCCCACCAAGGGCGAGAAGAUCAUGCUGGCCAUCAUCACCAAGAUGACCCUCACCCAGGUGUCCACCUGGUUCGCCAACGCGCGCCGACGCCUCAAGAAGGAGAACAAGAUGACGUGGGCACCCAAGAACAAAGGUGGGGAGGAGAGGAAAGGGGAAGACUCUCUGGGCUGCCUGGCCGAAGACACCAAAGACACUACUGCCAACCAGGAGGCCCAGGGGCUGCGACUGAGUGACCUAGAAGACCUGGAGGAAGAGGAGGACGAGGAGGAAGCAGAAGAAGAGGAGGCAGCGGUCUCAGCAUCCCGCAGGCUGGCGGAUUUUCCGAAGAGCCUGCGGUCCCUGCCUGCGCCUUGCGCAGUCGCUCAAGAGAGCCGUUUGGAGAGCAGAGAGUGCGGCCUGGCGGUACCCCGCUUCUCCUUCACUGAGGCUCCGCGGUCAGGAGAAGCUGACUUCAUUACAACAGAGCCAGGUGGCCCCACAAUGAUCGUGCACUACCCAAGCAGCCAGAAACCCCGAAUCUGGUCUUUGGCUCACACUGCCGCAGCCAGCGCAGUCGAAAGUGCUUCCUCAACCCCGCCCAGGGCACAAAGUCCCGAGUGCCACGUGAUUCCUAGACAGCCCAUCUCCAUCAGGGGACUCCUGGUCCCCAGAGACUCCGAAGUCGAAGUCGAAGAGGAUUCUCUUGCAGCCAAAGCCUUUGGAAACUCCACAUUCGCCCUGCAGGGGCUGCCACUGAACUGUGCGCCUUGUCCGAGACGGAGGGAGCCUGAAGUGCGGUUCCAGUACCCGUCUGGAGCAGAAGCAGGUUAGCGCAAUGGCUGCGGUUUGCAGAAUAAUUUUGGAAACGGCUGCUUCUGGAUUCAUCUUCAUAUUAAGAAGCUUCCAGGCCUUGGCAGGGACCAGGACUUCUCACUUUACUCAAGACAAACACACAGAACCAUCCUAGCAGCUAUCCGUGCACGCAGGGGUGGGGCUGGACAGGCAGACAUGCACUAUGUCAGACUUGAAGGGGAGAUGGGAGGCACCCUGAGGAAAGCCCAAUGGAUGACCAGCAUAUUUUGACCAAGUCUCUCUUCCUCCUCUGGAUGGGGGACCUGAAGAACAUCUCCUCCUGCUCACUUGACCUUGCCCAGCCUGCUCACUUUGUAACUCCCUUGUUGAUAUGGUCUCUAAAGACUAUUUGUGUCUCCUUUUCCUUUCCAGGCUAUAACUUCAAAAAUAACCUAGCUGAA